CUCUAACUCAACUGCAUGAGGGUUCAAUAUAUAUGUAAUUAUCAUACGCGAUAGAGGAGCUUGCACGGCAAGGGUGUCUAUCUUGCCUGUUCUUGACCAGCCCGGACUCGCCCUUUAUUGUGGAACAAUGAGCCCUUUCUGGACAUGAAUUAUAUAUAUUGCAUAUAAGUUGUGCCUACCGUAAAUAUGUCGAGGCCAGCCAAAAAGCAGAAGGUGGAGCGCCGACCGGUGGAGUGGGAACACACGGAUGCUAUAUGCUGGGACCCAACUGCGCUGGUCGACAAGCACGUUCGCGUCUUUUGGCCCAGUGAAAACCGCUUUUAUUCCGGCAUCAUCGUUAAGCACCUGUCUACAACCUUUCAGCACGAAAUUCAUUAUGCCGACGGCGAUGAAGAAGUUCUUGUGCUUGCAAUGGAGAAGAUACAGCUGCGCCCUGAGUGCAUGUGCGAGCUGCCGCCGCCCAGUUCAGCCUACUUGGCCGCCCUAGCUCGUCAUCUCGACAGCCUAGGAGACCGGUUGGAGAGGAAGGCGGUUGAGCAGCAAACAGCUCGUGGGCGUACAAUGCUGAAAGAGGACGAGCGCAAACAGCUCGAGCUUCUUCGCCGCCGCGCUGCUGACGUCCGCACAGCCCGGGAGCGUCUUGAGUUUCGUUGCAUGAAGCAACGGCAACAACAGCCCAUGAUUACGGAACAGCGACAGGCGCACACGCGUGAGACCCCCAAGGGUGCUAACACGUCACAUGAUCAUGGGCCCCAUGCGACCGCAGCUCCACGCAGCAGGUCGCAGCGCGCUACUGCAGCUGGCGCCACCCCUGCGGCCGUCGCUGCCUUCUCUGGGAAGCCAGCACCGGGGCCAGCGCUAACGCAGCGGCAACAGCCAAGCAUGUCCCUUAUACCAGCAGGCGCGUGUGUCCGUGCCGCAGAGGCGUCACAGGAGCCAGCAAUGCCGGACCCUUCUCCAGCCGAUGCACAGGCCGCAGAGCAACAUCCUGAGGUUGCAAAGGACCACCUAGCCGCACCCCUUGAAGCUACGCCCUUUCGCGUGUGCUCGCCCGCCUCCGCCAAGCGCCGUCAGCGAAUGCUUCAGAGCAGCCAGCAGGACAAAGCGCAGCAUCGCGGCCGGCGCAACAGCAUUAAAGACACAGACUCCUUGGGGCUCAACCAAGCAGGCGGCAUGGCGCCGGGUGCGGCGCCGCUAGGAACCCCUCCGCUGCCAGUAUGUCCUUCAGUGAUCUCUACCGGGCGGCAGCUACGGUCCCAGCAGCAGCCACCUUCAGGACAGCAGACUGGGGCGAUGGCGUGGAUGGGAUCCGACAGCAGGGGCGUGCAGGGGUCUCGCGGUUUAAGGGUGGCUGAAGCGGACAUUGGGAAGCUGUACGUGCCGAGGCCCUGGCCCAAGCUGCAGGUGACGACCCCCGACGGGGCGCCGGCAGGGGAGACGGGUCGGAAGCGGAAGGGGACCGGGGCAGAGCAGCGCGUAGCCGAAGGCAGGCCCGCAGCUAAGAUGGCGGCUGAAGCUGCUGUCCCCAGCGGUUCGGCCCAGUUGGAGCAGCAGCCAUACGCACCAGCUGGCGAGCGUGAUAUGGCAGCAGGCGCAUGCAGUAACGCCAAUGGGAAGGGCGCUGGGCCGGCCAGAGGCAGUGCGUCGGGGGAUGAGCGGUGCCGCUUGGAUGCCGCUGGGUCGGAGCUACAAGAGGCGUACAAGCACUUCCGGCUGCAUUGCUCCGGGUUCAAGCAGUACCACGAGAUGCAGGUCAUGCUGUGGCUGUCACCGCAGCAGCUGGUGGGCCGGGAGCUCCGCGUGUUGUGGCCGGACGAGCAAGCCUGGUUCUGCGGGCGGGUGACGCGCUACGAUGCGGAUGCUGGCACUCACACGGUCGAGUACGACGAUGGAGACGUGGAGCACCUGCACCUGGCUGCGGAGGAACUGCGUCUGCAGCUAAUACCGGGAGCCGCGGAGGCCGCCCUGGCGCCGCAGCCGCCCGAGGCCCUGCAGCAAGCCGGGGAGUGCCUGCUGGCGGCCGCGGCUCGUGUACGGCAGCGCAUGACAGAGCUGCAGAGGGGCGAGAUCCCGCAUGGCAAGGAGGGCCAGGAAGCGGAGGAGGAGGUGAAGGAGCUAGCUGCCAAAGCGGAGCGCUGGAGCAGCCGUGCGGCCCAACUGCGAGCCCUGGUAGCCGCCAUGCUCCGAGAAGCCCCAACCGACUCCAGAGCCGUGGCACCUUGUGGCGCCGGCCAGGGACCCGCCGUGCUGCCGUCGCAAAGCCACCAAACGCCGGUGCUGUCCGCGAACGCCCCUGCGCACGACGCUGCUACCGGUGAUGCCUGCACGGCUGCUAUCGACGCCAUGGCGGGUGAUCCACGAACGGUCGAACCAGUGCUAAUCGCCACAGUUCCGGCAACGGCGACGCCUCCGCCGGUGGCGGUAGCAGCUGCCACUUUGCCUCCCUGCUCGGCAUCUCUUGGAUCAAUUCCUGCCAUCAUCACAGAAGCUGGUGCGGCGGAGGCGGAGGCAGCGGGCCCGGAUGCGGUGGAAGAGCAGCCGCAGCUGCCUGCCGACUGGGCGACGACGCAGGUGCUGAGGCCGGGCGAGGUGGUGUGGGCGCAGGUGCGGCGCUCGGCGCCCUGGCCGGCCAUCGUCAUCACGCGUGAGGAGGCGGAGCGAGAGGGUUUCAACCCGCCGCGGGUGGGGUCCAGCAGCUCGGCACAGCCCGUCUACGUGCGCUUCUUCGGCGACCACACGGUGUACGGCUUGCCCGCGGUGGCCGCGGGGCAGCGCAUCCCCGACCGAGGCGGCGUGCUGCCCUUCCUAGCGGGGUUGGAGCUAGGCUGGCACGUGCGCAAGGGGGGCGGCAGUGGCGGGGCGGCAGGAGGUGCUGCUGCAGGGAGUGUUGGGGGCAGCGGCUCGGCGCAGGCGCAGCGCUUCCUGCGGGCACUCUUUGAGCUGCGCACCUACCUGAGGGACGGCGAGCUGCCUCGCGGCAUGAUCCCGCCCAACUACGAUGACGACGAGGAUGAGGAGGCGGAGGACGCCGGCGGUGACGGCAUUGCCCAGGAGGAGCCAGCAGCACCUGGCGCCACGGCUGCCGGCGGAGCCUCCGCUGGCCACAAGGGCGAUCGUGACCAAUGCCGCACUGCCACCGCCAACAACAAACUUGGCCAAACAAAUGCGGCAGACCCCCUGACUGCCAGUCGCGUCACUUUUCCGUUUGUCGUGGGCCCCAAGCUGCGGCUCCUGCGGCUGGGUGAGGUGGUGUGGCUAAGUCGCUGGUUCCACGACGAGAAGUACAUCUACCCGCUGGGCUACACGGCGGCGCGGGUGAUGGCCAGCGGGGCAAGCGGCGGGCGGGAGGUACAGCACCUGAUGGAGAUUGCGGCAACGGAUGACGGCGUGCGGCCGGUGUUCAGGAUUACCCCCCAGGGCCACCCGCCUGUGUGCGCCGACACAGCCAGCAGGGCCAUGCGCGCCCUGUUCAAGGACGAUGCGCGGACCAGUGGCAGGGCGUUUGCCAAGACGGGCGCGGACCUGUUCGGCCUCACCAACCCCCGCGUGGCGGCGCUGGUGCGCAGCCUGCCCGGGGCGGAGCGCUGCGAGGCCUUCGCCAACUGGCCAGACCAGGAGAAGCUGCCGGUGCCGCCGCUGACGCCGUACGAGGAGUUGCAACGACAGGCGCUGUACGCUCGCGCGUUGCGGCUGCCCGCGGGUGUGACGGCGGUGCCUCAGACCAAGACGGGCAUGUGCUUCGAGUGUGAGGUGUGCGGAGAGGACGAGGAGUCCCCGGGCGACCUGAAGCUCGAGUGCGACAUGUGCCGCUGCGUGGUGCACAGCCGCUGCUACGGAGCGCAGCCGCCGCCGCGGCAGGGCAGCAUGUGGCUCUGCGACGUGUGCCAGCUGCAUGCGGCGGGGCUUCCAGCGGACCGCUCGCCGCCCUGCGCGCUGUGUCCGGUUGCUGGCGGCCCCAUGAAGCGCACCGACACGGGCGGGUACGUGCACCUGCUGUGCGCGGUGUGGACGCCGGGGGUGACGUUUGGGGACCCGGAGAAGCUGACGCCGGUCGAGGGCGUUGCAAAGGCCGUCCAGAAUCGCUCCUCGCUUAAAUGUUACCUGUGCAAGCAGCCCCACGGCGCCUGCAUCCAGUGUGCCGGCGACGCACGCUGCUACCGGUCCUUCCACCCCAUGUGUGCGCGCGAGGCGGGACUCGCCAUGUGCGAGCUCCGUCUGGGCGCCGCAGCGCGGAAACGACCCACGGGUCGCUCUGCAGCCGCCGCGUGCCGGGGAGCAAGUCGCCGCACGCAGGCAAGCGAUCCCCAGCAAGCUGCAGUAGGGCGGCAGGGUCAAGAUGACAAACAGUUGGGUGCAGCUUCCAGGGAAGUCAAUGGCUCGGUGGUGACGUGUGCGCUGCAGCCGGCGGAGAGGCAGGAGGAAGGGGGCAAGGAAAACAAGCACCCGUGCGGCGCUGUCAAUGCCCAGCUGACGACAGGCCCCAUGGGAGGGGAAGCCACGGAGGGAGACGCCACUGCUGCUGCUAUUCUCAACGGGACAUCCUGCAGCGGGACAACGGUUGUGGGAUUAUCGAGUCAGCCACCGCAGCAACAACAGCAGCAGGCUGCAGGCAACGCCACCGCAUGCGUUGCGGUUGCCCCUGUCGAGCCCCAUGCUGCAACCGCAGCCAUCACAAUGCCAACACCCGCGGCCAUGGCAGCGGCAGAGGCUGUCCUUCUGCCGCCCCGUCGUGGACGCGGACGGCCUCCCAAGGAGGCACCAGCUGCGGGACCCAUAGGUCACGGCGCGGCACCUCCGGGCUCUGCCCGCCCUGCAGCCCUGGCGGCUGCGUUGUGCCGCGGCGGCGGUGUGUCCCUGGCUGACGGCACCUCUCUGGCCUGCUUCUGCCAGCGUCACGAGGAGCUGGUGCUGCACCACACGCAGUUCCGCUGCAGCUACCCGGGCGGGCGCUUUGCGAGCCGCCGAGCUGGGUUGGCGCGGGAGGAGCUGCUGGGUCGCAGACGGCAGCAGCAGGAGGAGCAGCGGCAGCAGCUUGAGCGACAGCAAGAGCAGCAGCGGCGUGAGGCUGAGGUGUUGGCGGCGGCUUCCCGGCCUGAGGUUCAUGCGGACAUGCCCGCAGCAGCAGCUGCAGGUGGACGGGUCGCGGUUGCAGCCGGGCAUGCUGCCCCAGGGGCGGCGAGAGCCGUCUCAUUCGCGAACUGGCGCAGUCGCGGGCACAGAGCGCCCGAGGCAGUAGCCAUUGCGCGGGAGAAGCGCACGUACGUACGGCAGCUGCCAUACCUCGUGACGGGCAGAUUGCAGCUAGACGAUGAGGCCGUACAGACUGUGGCGUACGGGACCGUAUGCCGCACGGCGGAGGUACAGACCCACCUGGAAGGCAAGGCAACCAAGGUGCAGAGUUGUGUCAGGGGAGCCGCGGGCUCUGCCGCAGAUGUCCAUGCAUCGGCAGCACGUGCAGUACCUGUUUCCAACAGCCUGCCCGCAACCGGUUGCAAAGCGCAAAGCGGUAUCGCAGGCAGCGGCUGCACGGGCGGCGCCGGCGUCGACAAUGGCGGCUCCAGCAGCGUUGACGGGGACCAGGCAUUGGCGGGACGACUGGCGGCGGCGGCCUCGACGGUGGGCGCACGGUCAGUGGCUGAGCGUUACGCGGCCAUGCGAGCUACGGUGGGGCGGCGGCUGGCGGCGGGAAAGAGCGCCAUCCACGGCUGGGGCGCCUUCGCCAAGGUGCCGCAUAAACGAGGCGACAUGCUGAUCGAGUACGCCGGCGAGCUGAUCCGGCCCUCCGUCAGCGACGUGCGCGAGAAGCGACUGUACGACAAGCUGGUGGGCUGCGGCACCUACAUCUUCAACCUCAACGAGGAGCAGCACAUUGACGCCACCCGGGCAGGCAACAUGGCGCACCUGCUGAACCACAGCUGCGACCCCAACUGCUACAGCCGCACCAUUACGCUGUGGGACGCCGCCACGGGUGCCACAAAAGACCACGUCAUCAUCAUGGCCAAGCGGGACAUUGCCGCAUGGGAGGAGCUCACGUACGACUACCGGUUUAACUCGGCCGAGGAGCUGCCGUGCAACUGCGGGGCUGCCACGUGCCGCCUGCUGGUGAACUGGCCGGAGGAGCAGCAGGAGGAGGCAGUCGAGGAGGAGGAAGAGGAGGGGAGUGACGAGGGGGAGGAGGUGGUGGAGUGAGGGGAAGCAGGGGCAGGUGGAGAUUGCGCGUGAUGUGGGUGGAAACUCUGAUUAUGAUUUGCGUUGCCGGUGUUAUCUCUUUUAAUGCUACCGGUGAAAGAGUCACGCACCUGUUGACCGAAGGAAGCGGGUGAGGUAGGGUGGUGUCAAAAGGAGAGGGGGUGGCAGCGCUUAGCGACGGCUGUGACGGAGAGGCAAUAGAGGCCGUGCUAAAGGAGCUGCAGGGUGUGUGCCGUGUCUGCUUCCGGCAGAACCGGUGACUGUAUAUAUCUUUCUACUACCAAAGCAUGUGUAGGAUUGGGGCUAACGACUUCGGUGUAGAUGUGGAGGUGCCCGGGAGUUGAUACGUGGUAUGGCAUGUAUAAUGAUUUGGAGGGACUGGCUUAAGGCGAGGCGGGAAUGCCUACGAGGAGUUUCGAGGUCGUGCAGAUGCUUAUUGGUUGUGAACAGCAUAGGAAACCAGGGGCUAUGGUGACCCCAGACCCGAACAGUCUUCUCUUCGAGCACCUCUCAGGUGUUAACGGCACUACCCAGCGAUGCGGUGAUGUCCUCUGUCCCCGGGCUGCUUGCUAAGGCAGCGUACCGUGAUAAUGUUAAGACCUAGCG